AUAGUCCACUAAUUGCCAAUGAUGAAUGCUUUCGUAGGAUAAAUAUGUGGCCUUCGAUGAACAGUACAUUGUCAGUCUCGAUAGUCAUUGUCGAGGGAACCGAAAGGUCAGAUCAGAGCAAGGAUGACCCGAUUCUUCCCUGAUUUCUCCUUGUUUGUUAGUGUACCGCUACUUUUUCACUGUUCUUUUAUUUAAGUUACGUGCUCUCCACUAUCACUUUCAUAAGAGCGCUCGGUCGAGCGAGUCGAAUCGAAUCCGGCGUUACUAAUGCCUCCGUGCACGAGGGCUUGGAUACACGCCUUGGGAAAUACCGAUCGCUUUCACUGAAACCCUGUCGAAAAUAUCCAUAGAACAAUGCGAGGGAAAAGGAAAAAGAACGGCUAAGCAAAACAAGCGCUUGGAAACUUCCCUGAAGAGGAACUUGAGAUCAGAAUUCACCUUAUGGGAAGAAUGGGAUAUCCACUACCGAUGACCAGCAAUAUUUUUCAUUCACCCAUUUGCGUAUUAAUCUUCACAAUUUGGAUCGAAACGAGGGUGUGUCUGAAUGAAUACGUAACAAUGGCAUCGUCAAGAAAGAAAAAAAAAAGUCUUCGGGCAAGGUUCUAAGGUGCAGUCCUUCAAUGAAAUGGGAUUAUUACGUGUUCCGUCUGUUUACUGCAGACCUUGGACCAAGAUAAGCCAAGACCUUCCGAGGCCAAGGACAAGCCAAAGAAAAGCAAGAGUCACUGGCCGCGGUUUACCGACUAUUUAUCCCUCCCCGGUGGCAGAAAGCAGGACGAUGUUUUACUCCCCGUCGACGUCUUAACCGGCAAUUUGUCUACGUUACGAGCUGCGGACUCGUUGCGAAAAUUACGCAAAAACAAACCCUGGACCCCCCGCGAAUAGGAAACAAUGGGAAGGGAGUUUGAUGUCCGACUCGCCGUUAAAUGAACCACAUCUCCAGUCUCAUUGUUACUCCAGACAAUGACAACAAUGAGCGUGGCAGUUAAAUUGUCAUUUCAUUCAUGAUGUUUCGACAUGGCCACCCCAUUUUUCUCCUAUUAUAUCGCGGCAAGGUAAACACUCCGGAUUUUUCGAGAGCUCGCCAGACAUUCUGCGAACGUGGACUCAUCGAGGCAAGAUGAAAACCCCCGGUGGAUACUUCUUCUGUUGUGUCUUUCUCCUGGCUCUGGACCAGGGACUGUCCUUGAGAUGCCGGACGGGCAAUCAGCAGUCUGGUGAACAUUUCCACAAAGUCAUGGAAUUGUGCCGAAAACGUCACAGUGGGAGGAACUACCAUUCGGAUGAGAGCGACUCUUCCGACGAGUCCUCCGACUCGAGCGAAAAUGUUUUCGGAAACAAAUUGCUGGCUACCAACAACACCUACGGGAAGAACCCCGAUGAGAACAGAAACACCGAGGCUGGGGAUAACCAGGGUCACGAAGAGAACCAUCGAAGGCUCUUGAACAGUCGAUUCCAUUCGUCCGAUGUCAGAUACGAUGGCACAGAGACGAGAAUGAAGAACGUGUCCAUUAAUUCAUCUGCCACAAAUUCCAGUUUUAGUAAGACAAGGAACGAUGGGAUGAAUAACACCAACGAUGAUCAGGACCCAGACCAGAGUUGUGUUAUCCAAUGUUUCUUCGAUGAACUUAACUUGGUUGAUCAUCGAGGAUUUCCAGACAGAAGUUCCGUUACUGCCAUAAUGGUGCAGAAUAUUCAGGACCCGGAAUUGCGGGAUUUCGUGGAGGAAUCUGUGACAAGUUGCUUCCAGUUUCUGGAAUCGGACGCGCAUAAAGAGAAGUGCAAGUUCUCGCAGAAUCUGCUGAGAUGCCUAGCCGACAAAGGCAAAGAGAAAUGCGACGACUGGGAUGAACCACAGUAAAUUUUGCAUGUUGACUUCCUACUCUCUACGAUAAGAACAAUUUAAUUGCAAAAUGGAAGUACGUAAGGGCUGUAUCGUAGACUGUGCACAUAGGGUGUAGUUGCAAACAAAUAAGGACAGAUUGUGUAGAUGUUAACAAUAUAAAUUCCAAUCGUAGAUA